UCUUGUGAAUGUGGUGAGGUCGUGGCAUCUAAGGCAUUUUACAACGCCAAGUUUCGUUCCAAACGAACUGCCAGCCGGCGAUUCACAAAUAUUUGCCAUGUCGUGCGAGUGCUUGCCGUAAUAAUUGUCUCGUGUGGGCACCCAGUCAAUGGUCACAAACAGCGGCGGCAAAAAGCGGGAAAAUCAAACGUCACCCUCGCGGCAUUCGGGCCUGGCCGGGACCUGACAUUGUUCCGCACGGGUGUGACGUCAGCUGGCGGCCAUGGAGCGCCAGCAGUACAACGCGGUGGUGCGCUGCAUCUCGCGGCUCAGCUUCCCGCUGGACACCCGCGAGCUGACGUUCCCCGGCGUGCAGCGCGACACGCUGGGCAGCAUCGCCUGCCACGAGUACGUGCGCCACACCAAGCGCACCAUCUAUCAGCACAACAAGCCGCACAUCAUCGCGAAGUAUUACAAACAGUUCCUGGACGCGCUGGACGCCGGCGAGUCGGCGGGCGUGCUGCUGCGCAUGGCCACGCGCCUGCAGGUGGCGCCCGCCCUGCUCGCCAAGUUCAUCCUCAACUGCUACGCCAACGACACGGACGCAGCGUACCGGCGCAUGUCGGACCGCGGCAAGCGGCAGCGGCUGGCGCAGCUGGUGCGCGAGCCGGGCCUGCUGGCCGAGCCGCGCGUGGCCGCCGAGCUGCGGCUGUGUGUGCUGCGCGACAACGGCUACGGCCCGCUGGCCGAGCUCGUCAAGCACACGGUCGGUCUGGAGUACGAGAUGCGACUGAAGAAGAAGCUCAUCUCUCUGAAGAUCCCGUUUCUUGACGAAGACGACCUUCGGCGCCGGGGCCACGACAAGACCCCCGACGUGCUGCUGGACGUGCCGAUCGCGGUGUCGGGAUGCAUAGUGAACUGGAUCGAAAGCAAGGCCUCGUUCGGUGACGACGAGACCCACGAGGCCUACAUGCGGGACCAGUACGAGAAGUACUGGAGCAGGUUCGGACCGGGCAUGGUGAUCUACUGGUUCGGGUUCAUCGGCGACCUGCUGCCGGCCGCGUCGGCGCGCCACGUGCUGCUGCAGCACCGCUUCCCCGAGGAGCAGGUGCAGUUCAUGGCGCCGGAGCUGUCCGUGGCGCCGCUGGACGCCGCCGACGGCGAUCUGCCGCUUGGACCGCUCUUCGACGAGGAGAGCGACAGUGAAGAGGAGCGGCCGCUGCCCGAGGAGAACAGCGAGGAGGAGGUCUCGGUGUGACGCGUGUGUUGGU